CCAAGUUUAGAGGGUCUGGGCCUGGUCAGAUUACCUUUGCCCUGGAAAAGCUGGAGCAGCAUGUGACUGAGUGCGUGUGCCCACUUGAGCAGCUGCUCUCUCUGACCCCUGCGGGAGUGUCAUUCAAAGAGGAAGUCAACAAGAUGAUACAGUCACUGCUUCUUUAAUCCAAUCAGAGACAAGAUCCAUUAGCAGACAGACAUGCAGGCUCACGAGCUGUUGAAGCAGCUGCGUCUGCCUGAAUUGGAUGAUGUUCAGCAGUACAUUCGCAGUCUGUCCACCCGGACGCUGGUGGGCGUGGGGGCCUUCGCAGCUUUCACCACCUAUUGGUACGCCACACGACCUAAAGCCUUGAAACCGCCCUGCGACCUGCGCAUGCAGUCUAUGGAGCUGCCGGGUGGAGAGUUUGCCCGCAGGUCAGCACUGGUAGAUGAUGACACGCUUCUAUCUUUUUACUAUGAUGAUGCUACAACAAUGUACGAGUGCUUCACCAGAGGCAUGAGGGUAUCAAAUAAUGGACCUUGCGUGGGGGCUAGAAAGCCUAAGAAGCCUUAUGAGUGGCUGUCCUAUUCAGAGGUUGCAGAAAGAGCGGCGAACCUGGGCUCAGCACUGCUGCACAAGGGCCACUCCAAAACCACUGACCAGUUCGUCGGCAUCUUCGCUCAGAACAGACCGGAGUGGACCAUCGCAGAGCUGGCCUGCUACACAUAUUCGCUGGUAGCCGUACCUCUGUAUGACACACUGGGCGCUGAGGCCAUCGACUACAUCAUCGAGAAGACAUGUAUCUCCACGGUGGUGUGCGAUGUGCCGGCAAAGGCUUGUCUGCUGCUGGACUGCAUAUCGGGCAGGGCACACACAUUGCAGACACUGGUCCUGAUAGAGGACUUUGAUUCGGAACUGGUGGCUCGAGCCAAGAAGUGCGGCGUGGAGAUCAUCAGCCUCAAGGAGGCAGAGGCACUUGGUAAGGCGCACCGGCAGCAGCCCACACCUCCUCAGGCUGAUGACUUGGCUAUUAUUUGCUUUACCAGUGGAACCACAGGAAACCCAAAGGGGGCAAUGCUCACCCACAGAAACAUUGUGUCCAAUGUUUCUGCCUUUGUGAAGAUUACCGAGACCAGCUGUCCCCUUGGCCCCAGUGAUACACACAUCUCUUACCUACCUCUGGCACACAUGUUUGAGCGAGUGGUGCAGGGUGUGAUACUGGUCCAUGGGGGUCGUAUCGGCUAUUUCCAAGGAGAUAUCCGAAGACUGAUGGAUGACCUCACGACCCUGCGGCCUACUGUUUUCCCAGUGGUGCCUCGUCUGCUCAACCGCAUGUUUGACAAGAUACUGGGACAGGCCAAUACUCCACUGAAGAAGUGGAUCCUGAAUUUUGCAUUCCGGAGGAAAGAGGCUGAGAUGAUGAGUGGUAUUAUGAGGAGAAACAGUUUUUGGGACAAAAUCAUCUUUAAGAAAGUCCAGGCCAGUGUUGGAGGUUGCGUGCGUUUGAUGAUGACCGGAGCUGCUCCCAUUUCUGCCUCUGUGCUUACCUUCCUGCGUGCAGCGCUGGGCUGCCAGUUUUAUGAAGGUUAUGGACAAACUGAGUGCACUGCUGGCUGCUCCAUUACAAUGUCAGGAGACUGGACUGGAGGUCAUGUUGGACCUCCUAUGCCCUGUAACCAUGUGAAGCUGGUGGAUGUUGCUGAGAUGAACUAUCUGGCUGUGAAUGGAGAAGGAGAGGUUUGUGUGAGGGGGCCUAAUGUGUUUAAGGGAUAUCUGAAAGACCCAGAGAAGACUGAGGAGGCCCUCGACCAGGACGGCUGGGUCCACACAGGAGACAUCGGCACGUGGAUGCCGAACGGCACUCUGAAGCUCAUUGACCGUAAGAAGCACAUCUUCAAGCUUGCUCAGGGAGAGUACAUCGCCCCCGAGAAGAUUGAGAACAUUUACAUCAGGAGUGAAGCUGUUGUACAGGCAUUUGUUCAUGGGGACAGCUUACAGGCCUGCCUGGUGGCCAUCAUUGUGCCUGACCCGGACUUCCUGCCUGCCUGGGCCAGUAAGAAAGGCUUUCAUGGCUCUUAUGAGGAGCUCUGCAACAACAAGGCAGUGAAAGAUGCCAUUUUGGAGGAUAUUGUUAAACUGGGCAAACAAAGUGGGCUGAAGUCUUUUGAACAGGUGAAGGACAUUGCUCUGCACACAGAACUGUUCUCUGUCCAAAAUGGCCUUCUCACUCCAACCCUCAAAGCCAAGCGCACUGAGCUCAGAAACCACUUCAGGCAGCAGAUCGACCAGCUCUAUUCCAAAAUUCACAUGUGAUUCUGAUCCUGUAGUAGUAAACAAAUACUAGCGCCGAAUGAAAGCAAAUAGGAGUCAGUUACCAUCGUGAAGAUAAUAUCAUGCUAACUGGUCCUCACUAACUUUCAUCCUUUGUUAGCUACAUUAAUACUUUUAGGUUUUCCUUUGAAGAGCCAUCCUCAGCGAGGAGCCAUGCCUUCUCCACGCCACACUUCCACUGCCUUUCCACAUGUACAUGGGGAUAAAGAGAACACCGGAUCAAGAAGGAGAAAUCCACCGUCUCACUAGUUACCCUCCAGAACAUCAUACCUCACAGUCGGCUUGAUGUUUGGGACGACCUCAGGUUGCUGCAGUAGAUGGGUAGCUGGAGACUUUUUAUAAGGGACAUUUUCUCUAACACUUGAUACAGAUUUGCCCAAGAAAAUUUGGAAAGUUCUUGGGCAUUUUCGAAAAAACUUUUUAAAGAUUUUCUUUUUUUUUUUCAAAAUGACUGCCAAAGAUUGCUUGAGUGCUAAACUGUGCCAACGUGAUCGCUUACCUUCUGCCUUGGAGGUUCUGACAUUCAGCCCACUUUCACAGAUAAACUCAACACUGCAAAAAAUUAUAUAUUAAGCAGUGAAAACCAUCUUAAACUGAGGCAAUAUGACUUUUUUUAUUUUGAGUGUGUAAGAAAAAGUAAAAGGAAAUGUUGUACAGGGAACAAACUUGACAUUUUUCCUGCACAUUUUGGAGCACAGUUUUAUUAAUUUGCUGAGUUUAACAUAUUUGGGGCAGGGAGGGCAUAAACGUUGAAUGUGCCUUAACUUUUGCACGGGCCACAGUUUGAGUAUUUCCCCAGUAUGUUAAAUUCAGCAAAUAAACAAUAAUUGUGCAUUAAAAAUGUUUUUUGUGGAGGAUGUGUUAACUUAGGAAAUCAACAAUACACACACACACACACACAUAUAUAAGAUCAUUCAACCAUAAGUGUAGACAUUUUCUCCUAUAUAUAUAUAUAUAUAAAUUGGAGAAAAUGUCUCUCUAUACUUUUGGUUGAAUGAUCUUAUAUUUUUACCACCUCAUAUUGAGAAAUAGUAGCUGUAUCACCUCCAUUUAAGAUGUUUUCACUUUAAAAAUAUAUCAUUUUUGCAGUUCAUCACUCUUUUUAAGCUGCAGGUAUCACAUAAACAAAAGGGCCACCACUGUUAGCAUAGCCAUUAAGGUAGCCUCGGUGUAGCAAGUAUUGAUGAUGUAUGCGUCCUGAAAAGUCAAUUCGUUCUUAAAGCUUUAUUUUGUUUUUGGGGCCCUGAUUGGUUCACAGUCAGAAGUGCUGCUAACUAUUAGGCUAUAGUUGACUGUACUGGUACCCAUGCAGCCACAGUAGUGGUGCCACUGGGCACUGUGCUAUAUAUUUGCAAUAUGCAUGGACAUAGCCAUGUGUUCAUAAAAUAUUUAUAUCAAGUGUGUGAUUAUUUUAUGUCAUUUGCUGCUCUAUUUCAAGAAGGAUCUUUAGCUCGCAUUCCUACGGCUACACCCAGAUCUGAUGAAUAUGUUCACAAGAAACAAAGCUCAGCAUAGCUUGUUUAUAUGGUUUUAUUAUUGAUGAAUAGUGUAAAGGUACAGAGAUGACAUUGAAUUUUAUAGAUGCUUUGUAUGUGCCUGAUGUGAAGAGCUGGGUCAAUAUGCAGCUAGAAUCAACUUUUUUUUUUUUGCUUUUGUUUGGUUAAAUUAAUUAAGGAUGUACUUGGUACUGUUUUAUCUGAUCACUCCAAGAUGUUAUAUGCACAAAAUAAUACAAAAUCUGUUGUGUACAGUAACGUUUUGUAAACACUGUCUGAUAUCCAAGUCCCACUGUUAUCAUUUAUACUGACUUUUUGGUAUGAAGGGUUUUGUGAAACUUUGAUUGUUUGUCGAGCAGUGUAGUGCCACUUCCAUCACGCUCUGGAUAUGUAUGUGUGUGCUGGGGAAUGUAUCUGAUAAAGUCAAAGGGAAAUAUUCAAAUUAUUCAGAAGAAUUGUUUUGCAGUAUAUAUGUGCUUCACGUAAAAAGAUGUACAUGACUGAAAUUAAAUGUGAUUUUCUGGA